GAAAAAAAGAAGGCGAAUAAAAAAUGGCGAGUUCGUGUCUAAAAGGAGCGUUUUGUUUGGUGAACGUGCUGUACACCAUCACGGCUCUAAUAACAGCGGCCGGAGCCGUAUUCUUUUGUCUAGCAGUCAAGGAAAUUACCGACUUAAGAAACUACGAGAAAUAUCAAUUAGAUACCACUGUUUAUUGGCCACAGCUUUUGCCCUACAUCUUCAUUGCUGUUGGUGCCCUGGUGCUUUUCGUCAUGUGCUGCGGCUGUUGCGGCGUCGGAUUCGAAAACAAAGAGUUGCUUAUCACGUACAACAUAUUUAUAACUAUAGUCAUAUUAAUAUUGUCCGCUGCGGGAGCUGUGACUGUUGCAGUGGCCAUUCAAGAGAGCAAAGAAUUCACGAAUGAGACCAUACAUGACGUUUUUAAACAAGCCCAAUUGCGAGUUGACGUAGCUCAGAAGUUUGGUGAAUUCGAACAAGCCCUGCACUGCUGUGGAGCCGAUGGCGUUAGAAAUUACCAGCGCAUACCAUUGUCAUGCUGCGAUAGCAAAGAUGACAUCACCUGCAACGAUAUUAUGAACCAAAGAAAGGGAUGCAUCGAAGUCGCUAACCAUUGGAUCAAGUGGAUAUUCAUAAUUGGCACAACGGCGUCGGGCGUCACGGCGUUUUUGUGUGUCAUUAGUUUGGUACUGGCUAUUUCAAUUUUAAGAAGUAUGAGAAUGAAAGUUGUAAUAUAAGUUAAUAUUUUAUAUAGGUUCUAUUAGAUUUUAUCCUGAUACUCAGAGGAGGUUCCUAGCUCUUGAACUUUUAUGUGCUUGGAGCACAUAUAACUAAGGAUUUUUUUUCCAAAUUUACUAUUUACUGCGAGCAAUGUAUAGAUUGCACGAAAUAGUAAAUUGUUGUUAAAAAUAUGGUGUGAAAUUUGUACAAUAUAUUUAAUAGUUGCCUUUACUCGUUGGUCUAUAAAGGGAAGUAAUGUUUUGCUCCCUCAGCACUGACGAACGGCUAUGAACCUUUGUGAUAUAAAAUGUAAUGUACUAGUAUCUAAGUCAGUUGUUGUAGCUAUACAUAUUAGUAACAAAAUGCAAAAGACGGGCGAAUAAAUAAGGCUGGUGUAACGUGUACCUGUCUCAUCGGUAAGCUUGUAGAUCUUAUGUGGUACGUGUCGCAAGUUCGCGUUGAGCCGUCGCCGCCGUCGGUCUUAAUUUGCAUCUUCCGCUGUAGUUAGUGACGUAAUUCAGUAGCCCCACUUACAUGACGAAUUUAACAAUGUUUAUAAUAUGAAUGACGAUGAGACUACUGCGGUUAGGACUUUGCGCAAUUGUUAUUUGUACUUCGUUAUUUGUUUUUUACGGUUAUCCGUUAUGUCGAUGUUUCGUUGCCGCAUACUGGUUAGAAAUUCUAUUCAACGAAUUGUCUAUUACUUACUUUACAAUGAUACGAAAACUGUUUCAUUAAUUAACUAAGGGUUUUCGGUUCUAAUACUCACUUGAAUUGAUUUCAAGGAGAUCCUCAAAACGUUGCAGUGCAACUGUUUAAAGUAGGUAAUUUAUUUAACUAUAAGUUAGGUAGGCGAUAUAUUUGUCGAUGUUACUCCAUUAUUUAGCAAUUUUAAGUUUAUUAUUAAGGAAUCCUUUAGUGCAUUUAUUUGGCCAAAUAAUAUAUACGUUACGAAAAUUCUUUUAUUUCUUUCUUUACUCCGUGUACGGUGUUGGUCAAAAUAACAAAAAUAUUUAAUAUUCGCGCACCGAGUGUAAGUAUUUC